CGGAGUUGGUGGUCAGCUGAGUCUGUUCCUCACUCGUCUCCUGCAAAGUCUGUUUAACAGACCCUCACUUGUAUUAAACACUCAUGUGCCUCUCCUAGUGCAGUCUGGCUUCGUUGGGCCAUUUUCUUAGCUAGCACUUUAGUCUAUUCGCUUGUCCUGGAAGUGUAUACUCUCCUGUGAACGUAAACCUACAAAAAUUUCGUAUAAAUAUGUCUUCAACGCAAAUAUACGAAGACCAGGAGAACAGAAUACCGGCCCAACGAAGAGUGAAAGCAGAGGCAGAAACUAGAAGUAGCAGCUAUGCACAAGCGGCCAGAAGACCAGUGCUUGGAGCCAUCAAUCCAAAUUUGCGCAAACAGCCAACCAGAGCAGCAAAACAGGGAAUCAGCUAUGAAACUGGAGUUCCGCAACAAGAUGAAAAUGCAUGUCCUAACAAGAGAUCAUUUUCAAGUCAACCUUCUUUCACAAUCCAUGAAGAUGAACCAUCAUAUAUAUCCCUGGGGUCCUCCGGUACCAGCAGCUUAAUUAAUGCAAGCAGUACUUCAAUAUCUUUACCAUUAAAAGAAAGGUCAAGUAAACCUCGAGAAAAACAAUCUGAUAGUAUUCAAGACAUUGACCCAUCUAUAAUAGCAUUACAAAAAUCUUCAGACAUAGACUCAAGUGGGUCUUCUGAUGUGAUGGAAAUGAGCAUUUGUGAUGAUGAUCUUAUGGUAGUGGAACAAACUCCUAGAGAAGAGGUCCUUCAGAGUAGAAACGAUGAUAUUUAUGAUGUUCCAGAGUAUGCUGCCGAUAUUUAUCAGUACCUUAAGGAAGCAGAGGUAUGUCAUAAACCACGUGCAAACUACAUGUCAAAGCAGACGGAUAUAACAGCAAGUAUGAGAUGGAUUCUUGUUGACUGGCUUGUGGAAGUAGCAGAAGAAUACAGCCUUCACACAGAAACCUUAUACUUGGCAGUCUCUUACAUAGACCGCUUUCUCUCCCAUAUGUCGGUCAAGAGAGAUAAACUGCAGCUUGUUGGCACCACUGCAAUGUUUAUUGCUGCAAAAUAUGAAGAAAUCUAUCCCCCUGAUGUAGGGCAAUUUGCCUAUAUUACUGAUAACACGUACAAAGUUGGCCAGAUCUUGCGCAUGGAGCACCUCAUCUUGAAAGUGUUAAGCUUUGACAUGGCCGUACCAACAGCACACUUAUUUGUAAACAAGUUUUCUAGGAUGUGCAAAAACUCAGAGGAGAGCCUACAUUUAUCCUUGUUCUUGGCAGAGGUGUCAAUGUUAGACUGUGAUCCUUUCCUGAGGUUUCUACCUUCUAUGAUAGCUGCGUCUGCUGUUGCUUUAGCCAAUCACACACAGGGUCGUGUUGCCUGGCCCUCUCAUAUGGCAGAAUCUACAGGAUACACGCUUGAGGACCUAAGAGAAUGUUACGUUAAUUUAUAUCGGGCUUUUUCAAGAGUCCAUGAACCACAGCAACAUGCUAUCAGAGACAAGUACAAAAGUUCAAAAUGGCAUGGUGUAUCUCAGCUGAGUCCUAGACCGAAUUUUCCCUGGUAAUAAAGAAUUGAGAUGAAUGUUGCUGUGUGUGCAAGUGUGUGGUGUAUAAAUUUGUAUGUUUUUUUUCAUGUGCUUGUGGGAACAGUGUACAUUGGGGGAGGGGAAUAUUUCAAACCAUGAGUGAAAUACAGUAUAUAUAUAUGAAGUGAAGUUCAUGACAUACCAUUGUCACGACUCUAAAAUGCUAGGUUAAACCUGAGACGUUUGCACACAGGUCGUGUUUUUUAUGUAAAAAAGAGAUGUCUAACUUUUAUUUAUUAAGAUUUUAUUUUACCCUAAGAGCACAAAAUCAUUGUAUAUACCUGUUGUGCAUGAAUUUUUAUAACUUGACAGCUUUUGGUCACUACUGCAUGACAUUAAGGGUUUUGUCUUUGUGAACUUCAGUAUUUUGUAGGCAUAGGUUAUUCUGCUUGAGGUUAACCUUGGCCACAUUGAAAACAUAUCAAUAAGAAAGACAUGUAUAUAUGUAAUCUAAACUCUCUAAAGGA